GAGAGAGAGAGAGAGAGAGAGAGAAAGGAGCUCAACACAGGGAGAGCCACACUUUCCUUCACUACAUUUAACUUCUCUGUUGUAGCUUUUGUUACUUUCUCCUGCUGCUUGUCCUCAUCUUUUUUUGGGAGGUUCUGAAGCAAGGUUUCGGCACUAGGGUGCACUUGUACAUCUGUCAGCCGGGCCAGUACAGCCGCAGUGAUGAACUGGUCAGGACUGGAGAGUCUGCUGAGUGGAGUUAACAAAUACUCCACUGCGUUUGGGAGGAUCUGGCUGUCCAUGGUGUUUGUGCUGCGCGUGCUGGUGUUCGUGGUCGCAGCUCAGAGGGUUUGGGGAGACGAGAGCAAAGACUUUGUGUGCAACACCCGGCAGCCUGGCUGUACCAAUAUCUGCUAUGACCACAUCUUCCCCAUCUCGCACAUCCGUCUGUGGGCGCUGCAGCUGAUCUUUGUCACCUGCCCGUCCCUGAUGGUGACAGCUCAUGUCAAAUUCCGUGAGGUAAAGGACAGGAAAUAUGUGGAGCUUCACCAGGGCUCUCAUCUGUACGCCAACCCAGGCAAGAAGAGAGGCGGGCUGUGGUGGACAUAUUUGCUGAGUUUGGUCUUCAAAGCCACAUUCGACACAGCGUUCCUCUAUCUUUUGUACAGAAUAUACCACGGAUAUGACCUGCCCAGACUCUCCAAGUGUUCACUGGAACCAUGUCCCAACACCGUCGACUGCUUCAUUAGUCGUCCGACAGAGAAGAAGAUCUUCAUGCUGUUCAUGGUGAUAUCCAGCGCUCUGUGCAUCUUCAUGUGCAUCUGUGAGAUGGUUUAUCUCGUCGGCAAACGCUUCAGCAAACUGUUCAGAGUCCGACACGAGAACCAGAGACGCUUAUUUGCCGAUCAACACGAGCUCACUGAACUAGCUCCACCGAGGUCCCAGUAUCGGAGGACUGAUCCGACGCUAGAGAGUCAGCUGAGUUUGAAUAGGAAGGAGAAGGUGCGAGAAGGCACCACGACGACAACACUGUAGGACACGAUGACCUCUAAUCUGUGGAUGUCCUUCUGAUGGGUGACCACGCAACAGGAAAACUACCAAACCAAAAGGAUUAAAUGACCGAUCCUGAACAUUGUGAUUCUGGAAUCAUCAGAAAAUGAAACACACACAUGACUCUCUCUGAGAAGGAUCGCUGACACUGGGUGCAUGUUGCAGUACACAGAGAUACAAGAUGACUACUUUUGUGAUACUGGAAUAUCACAGUGUCCUCAUUUCGCUGGCUGACAACAUGCAGAAAGACAUUCCGGGAGGUUUACAGGUUUACAGCGCCAGUGGAGUCAUCGUUAGAUUCCUUGUUGAUCUGUGAUCAACAGCAAUGUGUAUAAAAUUGUACAUUCCAGCACUUGGUGACGUCAGCAUUGUGGUUAGCUUUGUUGAGAGCCUGACUGAGGAAACGGCCCCCUUUACACCUGGCAUUAAAAUGCAUUUUUUUGUGAUUGGAUUGCAAUCAGAUAGCACCUGACCACUUGUAAGUACGGGUGUAAAUACACCCGAGACUUCAGGAGGUGGUUGGAGACACAUGCACAUCGGUUUUCUUCCCCUACUUUGAAAAGCAAAGACGAGACUAUACAAUAAGUGCCACUUCACGUGUGGCUAACAUUGUUGUUGUUGAUAUGGCAGCGCAUAGGGUGUGACGCUGUAGUUUGUUGUUGGAUCUUUGAGGGGGAAUGACAAUCUGAUCUUGAGAUGGACACAUGUUAAUACCAGGUGUAAAUGCAUGUGAAGGUGAAGUGCUAUCCGAUUCUAAUGCCAGGUGUAAAGGGAGCCAUUGAGCAGUCAAAUAGAUGUUCUAUGUCAGGGGAAACUAGGAAUAUCCUGAGCAGAGGUGAUAACUCCUCUGUUUACUUCCAAGAUCCAAAUCUAAACGCUAAUUUAGGAAGUUAAGGAGGCUAACAGGAAGUAAUUAGCCCAAAGACAACAUUGCUGGCAGAAGCUGUGGGUUACUGCUGAUUAUUUAAUGUGUCCAUUUAAUGGCUGUUGGUUUAAAUGUUACAUUGUUGUAAAAUAUUAUUACAUUUUUACUAUUUAAUAUCAGGGGACAUGGUGGACUCGAAACUGUAGGACCAUAGACUUUAUAUAAAAAUGAAUGUAAUCUUCCGGGUUUUAAAACAAACUCGAAUAUGGAAGCUUUGAGAUUGCAUGAUUCGACAGGCGCCAUGACAGGAGGUUCACAGAUGUCACUGGCAACUAAGCUGUUGGAGGAGACCAGCUGUCAAUCACACUGUUGUUGUGUCU